UUACAGCGGCACAGGCCACACAGGAAGGAGGCGAAUCCAUCGGAUGGUGGAAAAAGUAAUGGAGUACCGCACACCUGCUGAAGGUAAUUCACAGGAUUCCUACCAGUCAGGCCACUGGAAACCUCCAUUGGAUUACAGUGCGACCAGCACGAAGUCCCCCAAACAGCCGAUUAAUGUAAUGGAGUACCAUUCACCUGCUGAGGUUAAUUCCCAGAAUUCAUAUCCGGCAACCCAGUGGAAACCUCCACCUCCAUUGGAUUACAGUGCUACCAGCUCAAAGUCUCCCAAACAGCAGGUAACAGAGAACAGCAGUUCUGCUGAGAUGAGUGCGGCGGACAGCUUUCCAUCGUGCCAGUCAAAGAGUGUAAUGGAUAAUCGUGAACCUGCCAGUUCAGAGCCGCCUAAUCAACAGAAUGCAAGAAACACUCAGAACCCCUAUUCAGGAUUGAACAUUUAUUCCUCUGAAGACAGUGAUGAGGACGUAUGUACAUCAAGACUGAAGAAGACUAGAAGCAUACUGGAAGAGUUAUUUUCAGAGGAUUCAAACGAGCUCUUGGAUUCUGCUUCAGACAGCGGAAAGGAACUUCCUUCAAACUCUAAAGAUGAAAGUCGUGACAGCUGCUCAGAAGGUUGCAAGUCGCCCAAACCCAGCUCCAGUUCGAAGAAGAAGCCAAAGGCCAAUUUACGCAGCAACAAUAUCAAAACCAGAGCGGCAGUGGCGGUCAACAGAAGCCAAAGAAAAAUGGAUGGAAAGAGAGUGUAUAAUAAGAAACAUUAUUGCCUUUUUUGUUCGAAACCAUUUAGCAAGAUGGCGAGACAUCUGGAAGAUGUGCAUGCCAAAGAAGAAGAAGUUGCAAAAGCCCGCGGCUUUCCGAAGGGUUCAAAGGAGAGGAGACUACAGUUGGAUGAACUUCGUCUUCGGGGGAACUACAAACACAAUAUAGCUGUGCUGAAAUCAGGCAAAGGUGACCUGGUUCCUUGCAAACGGCCACGAGGGGUGGUCAAAGCCAGUGACUUCAUGCAUUGUGCACAUUGCCAAGGACUGUUCAACAAAAGGGUUCUGUGGAGGCAUAUGAAGGUCUGUAAACUAAGCCCUAAUAAAACAUAUGUUCCAAAACCUGGAAAAAACCGCACCUUGUCCAUUGUUGCAGCCUCACAGCCUGUGCCUGCUAAUGUAAGCCCAGCACUGUGGACUAUAUUAAGCUUCAUGGUCCCUGAUGAAGUCACAGAUGCUGUCAAAAAUGACAGUUGCAUCCUUCAGAUGGGGGAAUAUUGGCUCAACAAAAGUGGUGCGCCUCAACAAAACCAGGGCUGCAUCAUCAGGCAGAAGUUACGAGAGCUGGGUAAGCUGCUGGUCACUGGGAGGAAAGUUGCAUCACUGAAGAAACUGGAGGAUUUCCUUGACCCAUACAACUGCAUGCAGGUGGUGGAAGCCGUGAGGCAGGCAUGUGAAUACAACAGCGAAACCAACACUUACAAAAUCCCAUCCUUAGCCAAGAAACUCUCAAUCUGGCUCGUCCAGCUUAGUCGACUAGUGAGGGCCAAAGUCGUGAUCCCGAAAGACAGUGGCUUGGCGCAAAAGCUGCGGGACUUCCAAAAAAUCCAUGAGGAUAGAUGGAACGAUCUGCUCUGGACGUCGGUGGCAAAAAACACUGAGGAUGUAAAGUUCAAGACACCCACAUUGUUGGCCUUCACAGAAGACGUCCAGAAACUCCACACCUUCUUGAACAAGACACAAGAUGAACGCAUGGCUCAGCUGUCUGCUGACCCUUCUACGAAAUACUGGUCAGAUCUGGCGAAAGUGUGUCUGACUCAAGUUGUUCUGUUCAACCGCAGCAGAGAAGGGGAAGUGUCCAGCAUGACCCUGACCACAUUCUUGUCCAGGGACUCUGCUGAUCCCCCUACUGACAUAGACUGGGCCCUCACCGAGGUCGAGAAACAGCUUUGCAGACACUUCUACAAAAUAGUAAUCAGGCCCGAAGGUGCCCGUCCAGUGCCCAUCCUGCUCACCCUCAAAAUGCUUCGUGGCUUGCAGCUCCUGGCCGAGAAGCGAGAGGUUUGUGGAGUCCUCAAAGAGAAUCCUUAUGUGUUUGCCCGGCCGUCAUCUAACACACACUACAGAAGCUCGGAUUGCGUCCGUGUGGCUGCUUCAGCCUGUGGCGCGAAGGACGCUUACGCCCUCACUUGUGGAAAGCUGAGGAAGCGAAUUGCGACGCUGUCCACAGUCCUGAAUCUGGGGGAUCCAGAGAUAAACCAGUUGGCAAACUUUCUUGGGCAUGAGCUGAUCGUGCAUGAGGAAUACUAUCCUUUGCCUGAGAGGACCCUGCAAUUGGCAAAGGUCUACAAGGUUCUUACAGCAAUGGAACAAGGGAGAAUGAUGGAGUUUAUGGGCAAGAACUUCUCUGACAUCACUGUUCAACCUAAUGAGGAGCUUGAGCUCUGCAAUGACAGAGGAAGGAAAAACUGGGAAUGCUCAGCACCUGGAGGUACGCAGAGUGUAAAUGAAAGUGCGGUAGAGGACACUGUACUGUGCAAUGUCACAGGUUCAAGUGCAUUUCCAGUCUCUCCUCCAGGCCAGAAAAGAAAAGAACAGAAGAAGAGGAAAACCUGGAGUAUGAGUGAAGUCCAGGCCGUGGAGAGACACAUGAAGGAUUUCAUCACUUCCUGUCGUGUCCCGGGCAAGACGCCCUGUGAAAACUGCAUUAGAGCCGAACCUCUGGCUCUCAAGAACAGAGACUGGCAGAGCGUCAAGUUUUACGUCUAUAACCGCAUUAUGGCUCAGAAGAGAGACGGAGGUCACAAAGUAUGAAGGAUUUUCUUUUCUCCCUCCCUUUUUACCAUUUUUACAACUACGGAAAGCAGAAACUGCAUGUGUUGUCUCUAUAAGAUGUUCUGCCCAUGCAGCGUUGUGGAGGAGGUCAACACAUCAACCUGCUAAGUGCUAACUGCUCUGAGCUAGCAGAGAAGAUUGGAGUUCAUUUCUACCCAUUGGGAGAAAGGAAUCCAUUUCAAGAGGCAGAUGGACCUCUUAUGAACCCGAGACUACAAAGAGUGUUUGGCACCAUUGGGCCAUAAACUAAGCUUCUAACUCUAGAGUUCAACUCUACAUUAGUCCAGCAGUGCAGAUAUUCCCUGUUCACAUGAUACAAGGAGGGUGAUUGUGGCACACACUGUUUUGAAAUCAGCUUCCACAUUUAUUCAGCAGCUGGUUAUGUUACUCCACCCUCCACUCUUUUAUACCCAGUUAAUGUACAUUUAUGCUUCUAUUCAUGCUUCCGUUCAUUCCAUGUUUCCCUGCUGUUUCCACAGAGCAGCAGAGAGUCUGCAGUGGGACUUUAUCCUCCGUCCGUGAGUUAGUCUGUAGGACGAUACUACACCACAAAGUGGCUAAUAAAGUCUAAAUCGGUCUGUGUGAUUUCAUUACAGCUUAUUUAGAGAUGUUUGUGUUGAUGGAUCGGUGUAAUAUUCAAACUUGUUAUAUGUGUCUGACGUUCAAUAAAAAAUAUUGUUACUUCACUAGAA